UAUAAAACUACGUCGUUCAAGUCACAGAAGUUAUUAACAGACUGAACAUCGAGUAUAGUAAGAAAUCUGUUAAGCUGAUCAUCGUGAUGGCCAGUUUGUGUGGCACUGUGUUUGUUUCGGCUCUGCUUGUGUGUCUGUGUGGCAGUGGUUUCGGCCUGGUUGAGGCUGGUGUGCCGGCUAAGCGCGCUGAUGAGGGUGUUACCUUCCGCUCGAUCGAUCAGUUUGCUCGGAUGUCGAUGUGUACUACGGGGUUGAAUCUGUGGUCAUUCCAACGGGACUACAACGGAUACGGGUGUCACUGUGGCGUCGGGGGUAGCGGCAACCCGCUGGAUGCAACGGACACUUGCUGUAAAACUCACGACAGAUGCUAUGAGCAAAGUCCGUGUUGGCGCAGCGCCCUCUGGUAUACGAUCCCAUACAGACACAGCAAGAGCGGGUGUGGGACCGCUCUCGCCAGCAUCACUUGCGAGAGGGCCUCGGACUACCCGUGGUACUACGUGGGCGAGAACUGCGCUGAGGCAAUCUGCAACUGCGACAAAGCUGCUGCCUUAUGCUUUAAGGCGAACCGGUCAACUUACAACGCACAUUAUCAAGACCAUGGCAAAUCCACUUGCUUCUAGUAGUAGUUGCUAUAAUUCAGAUAAAGGAGUAGUCCAAACGAUUUCGAUUCAUAUCUCGAUCACUCUAGUAUAAACUUGAACGCAUAGGGUACACUCUAAAACAGCCGGGUCAGAUUGACCCGGAAUCCCGGGUUCUAUUUUGGCUCAACGAUUUAAACCUCAGAUUAAGCUUCGUCGCAGUACCGUCAGUCUAUCGGUAUAGACCUAUUGCUUUAAAUUUCAAUAUCUUAGGUAAAAUUUUUCACCAAGGGAAUAUAAUUCAUUGUUCUGCACAAAUAAAAGCACAGCACUGCACUGCGUCUUCAGAAGAGGAUUGCAAUAUGUCAUAACAUCUUAAAACUGAAGAGACUACAUGGUGUUUCACGAAACAUUCCCACUGUGUUUAUUUCUUUAAAGUAUAUAACGCCACCUCUCUGUCUCUCUCUCUCGAAAUCAAAAUAAACACAACGUGCAAUGCGUUGAUGUCAUAGUUGAUUGCAA